UGAGCACUAUGAGCACUAUCGACCCACAACGAAUAGCAGCUGUUAGAAUACAAUGAUGACAAUGAUUAUUUUUAUUUAUUCUCCCGAUGGCAAAUGUUAUUUGAUUUGCUACCUAAAAGCGGGAAGUAAUUAAAGUGCGGGUUUCGGGCAAAAAUACAACGGCUGGGGGUCCACGUGCUUCUGACCAGGGACUCUCCCGAAAUAGAAUUGGCCAAGAAAUGGAGGCAGAUGCAAUGGAAGAGGUAGAAAUAGAAAUACGACGAAGCAAGAGAAGAAGUUGUGAUGGAAGACAGGGAUCAUGCAAAGUUAGAGUAAGAUUGUUAAAUCAAAGAAGAGAGUUGCGGGAAAAAGAGGAUCUGAAUUGUUAUCAGAAGAGGAACUGAUUACGCAGUUUAGCACUGUUAGAAGCCGUAAAAAAUCCAAGAAAUCGGUAACCGAUGACGUAAAGCAGGGAACUAAUAGACACCAAAAUUUAAAAGAGUCACGGAAUCAUAAUGAAGCCAAGGAAAGGAGAGAAUAAGAGACAUUUCAACAGGCACAUUCGGAAGCACAGAAUCUGGGAAAUGAAGGACACUCAUGAUGGAACAGACACUGAGUUACAUGGAGAACAAUUCCCGACACCGGCAGCCCUUACUGUAUCACGAUCAUCAGUUCUUCCACCACCACCCAAGAAACAACGUCUACUUCGACUAAUUGCGAAACAGAGUGAGCUUCUACAGAAAGCUUGUUCGUGUCUAGACAAACCGAAGGAACCCAAAGAAAAUAUUCAUACUAUUGCCAAGGCUUGGGGUGAGAAACUCAAUACGCUCAGCACAUUGGAGCUUCAGCAAAGAGCUUUAGUUGAGAACGCUAUUAGUGAUAUACUUCUUGAGGUGAGUCUAGGCACUCUACACAGAUAUUCUGUGAAAAAUCAACGAGGAUCAUCAGCUGAUGAAGAAGAAGAAGAUAGUUAUUGUGAUGAUGACGAUGUAGGUGUUGGAGGAGGAGGAGGAGAAGAAGCUGCAAUGUAUCCAGAACAGAACAUUCUUUCAGCAGGUCUGAUGCCACCAACUCUUUGGCUUACAAGGGAUAUCACACAUCUUUCUGAAGAAAAUACAUACAUGGCACCUAUUACAAUCAUCUGA